AUGAAUCGUGAUACUGCAACAAAAGAUAGUGUUAUUGGAGGGUUUACAGUUAUAAAUGAGAAAACAAAAUCAAAAGUACAAAAUGUCCAAGAAGUUCUCCCCUUUUGGAUUACAAAGCCUGAACUUUUCUCAUCUGAUCUUAAACAAUCUCUUUCUGUCAAUGAUGUAGCUAAGCUUGGUCAGUUUCUACGGCUGCGACUAAGUGAAAUUGGUAUCACUCAUUUCUUUCCUGUUCAGUCUGCUGUAAUCCCUUACAUGUUAGAUUGCUAUGUCACAUCUAAACAUCGGCCAUUAUGUCGGCCAAGAGACAUAUGUAUAUGCGCACCGACAGGAAGUGGGAAAACACUGGCCUAUUCUGUGCCAAUCAUCCAACUAUUUCUUAAUAGGGUUCAUAGAUUUAUUCGAGCGUUGGUCAUUGUUCCAGUCAGAGACUUAGCUGUUCAAGUGUACAAAACCUUCAGUCAGCUGGUUAAUGGAACAGAUAUUCAGGUUGGAGUUCUUGCUGGUAUCAAAAGUUUUAGUAAAGAACAAGAAGAUAUCAUAAACCUUACGGAUGAAAGUUACUCUGCCAAAGUUGAUAUUGUAAUAGCUACACCUGGACGUUUAGUAGACCAUUUGUACAAUACUCCUGGUUUCAGUAUGGAACGCUUGAGAAUCCUGGUAAUCGAUGAAGCCGAUCGAGUGAUAGUGGAAGAAAAACAAAAUUGGUACCAUACUUUGGAGGAUGUAUUGUACUAUUACACAUCUUCAAUCAGUCAGAAUAGUUGGUCCAAUGUCUCUGUACGCAAACGUUCAAGACCUAUACCAACUGUUGGUUAUCAUUACGAUAGGAGUGUUGAUAUCACUCUGCAAAAGAUACUUGUUUCUGCCACACUGACUCAUGAUCCAGAACCAUUAAAACAGUUUAAUUUACACUUUCCUAUUUUAUUCACUUCAAAUCGAAUACACCACAACAAAAACAAUCUUGAUGCAGUUUUAAAUGAUCACGAAAACGAAGAAACUAAUUCGUCCGAAAUAAAAAAGCAAGUGAAAAAUGAUGAAAAUAGAGAAAUCCCUAAUGUUAUUUCACAGUUAAAAUCAAGUGAAAAUCAUACGACUACAGGUGUUGGUCAGUUUUUAAUCCCUGAAAGUUUAGAGGAAUUUCUUGUAACUGCAAAACCGGAUAUCCGUGUAUUGUUUCUUGUGUAUUUGGUGCGUCAAAAACACAAAAAACGUAUCUUAUGCUUUGCAAAUACAGUAGAUUGUGCUAAACGCUUAAAUAUACUCUUGGCUAGCUUUCAAGGUAUAAAGAGUAAAUUCUUGUCAAGUCAUUUACAUCCGGAUAAACGUCAAAGAAUAUUAAAUCUAUUCAGUGUUGGAUUGUGUCAAAUUCUGGUUUGCACAGAUUCUAUGGCUCGUGGCAUAGAUAUUAAUGAUGUGGAAUGUGUCGUAUCUUAUGAUGUACCACCUAGUAUCAAAAUCUACAUUCAUCGAAUUGGGCGUACAGCUAGAGCUGGUAAGAAAGGAACUGCAUACAGUUUAUUGUCAACUAACCAGUUCUAUCACUUUAAAAAAGAUCUCAAGCGUGCUGGUAGAAAAAAAAUUAAACAAUUACAAUUUCAUCAAAGUAAAUGGUCACAUUUCAAUGCAGAGUAUCAGGUUGCAUUAAGGAACUAUGAAAUGAACAUGAAGAUUUCAGAUAAAAAAUACAACAAUGAUCUUUCAAAGCAAGUGAAUAAUAACAAACUUGUUUCGGAAGAAUCAAUGCAAAACAUUAAGAAGCCGAAGAGUAAACGUAAAAAAAGUACAAAUGAAAUGCUGAGUUGA